AUGACUUCUUUCCAAGAAAUCGAUCGUUCUCGCUGGACUUCCCACCGUGCGAAUCUUUCAGGAACACCGUCUUCUCCAUCGGAAGUCACCAUUCACUACAUCCUAUGUCACCCUCCUUCCAACAUUACCUCAAAGGGUACCAUCCUUCUUAUACAUGGCUAUCCAGAAACAUCGUAUCAAUUCCGACAUGUGAUCACGCCUCUUGCAGACGCAGGAUAUACAGUGGUCGCCCCUGAUUACCGUGGAGCAGGCGAGUCAUCUCAUCCUCGCGGUGGAUACGAGAAGGUUCAAAUGGCAACUGAUCUCCACGAUGUUAUUCAAAAUGAUCUCUCGUCUGUUGCGUGGGGAGAAUGUCCUCUUCCGGGAACAGACGCUUAUAACAACGCUGUUAGAGAAGGUGUCACGGGAGGUCUAUGGCAUUUUGUCUUCCAUUGGCAAACAGAUUUACCUGAAGCUCUCACUGUUGGUCGAGAGCACAUUUACAUUAAAUCAUUCUACGAUCGCCUAUGUUACAAUGCUUCGGCUUUCUCACCAAAUGAUGUAGAGCACUAUGCAAGUAAGUUUGCUCAACCGGGUGGAAUGCGUGCCGGAUUUGAUGUAUAUCGCGCGUUUCACCAAGAUGCUGAAGAUAAUCUUCGCAUGCUGAAGGGUGGGAAGUGUAAAGUUCCAAGCAUGUCGUUGAUGGGAGAAAAGAGUUUCUUAGCAACUAUUGCGAAUCAACAAAAUGAACAGAUGUAUGAGACUACAUCGUCUGCUCGUAUCCCUGGCUCGGGACAUUGGUGUGCGGAAGAGAACCCGGCUGGUUUUGUGGAAGCUGUGCUUAAAUGGACGAACAAGAACUCGUGA